ACUUUGUCUUGGCAAAAAGGAAAGCUCGACCUCCGAACGAACUCGAUCGUCAUCACGAAUCGACCCCGGAUCGACCUUCUCAAUGCUCCCAAACUUUAAACGAGGAGUUCCAAGAUCCAAGGCAUUUCAAAUGUGAAUCUCCCGCGUGCCUCGAGAUGCUGGGAUGGCUUGUUACCUUCCUCCAACCUCCUCCUCGCCAUGCAACCUUGGGCUCUAAUCAGCCCGGCCUCCCGCGGCAUUGGUCUACACCUCGCUCGCCAUUUGCUCCAGAAUACGAAGCUGCCAAUCGUGACCACGGCACGAAAGGAUUUGGAUCAGGCCAAGGAAUCGAUCCUUGACGGCUUGCAUGAUGUCGACCAGAAGCGAUUGAAUGUCCUGAAGUUGGAUGUCCUUGACGAAAAUACGAUUCAAGAUGCAGCUUCCGCUUGCAGUGACCUGUUUCCAAAGAAGGAGAAUUACUUGCAUAUAUCAUAUGCUAUUCCCGGCAUCCUGUUCCCUGAAAAAUCACCUCAGCAGAUUGAUCAUGAUGAUGCGCUUCUGACCUUCCGGACCAACACGCUGGGUCCCAUGAUGAUGCUUAAGCACUUUAGUCCUUUCUUGCCGCGGAAGUCGACACAGCUUGCUGAGGAUCCAUCGCUGCCCAAGUCUGCUGUUUGGGCUACCAUGUCUGCUCGCGUGGGCAGUAUCACGGAUAAUCAGCUCGGUGGAUGGUAUUCGUACCGAGCUUCCAAAGCCGCCGUCAAUCAGGUCACAAAGACAUUUGAUAACCACUUGCGUACAGCAUCUGGCGACAAGGCCAUUGCUAUAAGCUUGCAUCCUGGCACAGUCAAGACAGAAUUCAGCAAGGAGUUCUGGAGCGGUGUCAAGGAAGGAAAGCUGUUUAGUCCAGAGUUCUCAGCCGAGAAGCUAUACGAGGUUGUUAUAGGCAGAACACUAGACGACAGAGGCAACUGCUACGACUGGAAGGGUGAGCAAGUUCCGCCCUAGACACUUUGUAUCUAUGUCAUGUACCAUUCACAUGCGCGUUAAAGAUCUCUAUUGUACAAACUGGGAUUUGAUUUCAUCUCUUGAUCAUGCUAAUCAUGCUAUGGUAUGGGUUGGGGGCAUUCUCAAAUCGUGUCGUGAUUGCGGCCAUUACUUGUUGAGCUCAGCAGCUCUCUUCUUGAGGUCGUCCUUGCUGGCAGGCUCGCCGAGACCCUCAGCCAUGACGGGGCCCUAUAGAGUAUGUCAGUCGUGAUUGAGAGACCA